AUGGUGCUUGUAGCGGUGGAGGAGAUGGGCGACGACUGCAACACACUCGUAUCAAGCCCAAGCCCGAGUCGAGACGUGGCACCCGCGCUCGAGCUUAACUUCCCUUCCUGUCACCCGCUCGUGGCGGCACACUACCACCUGCACAUACCCGCAGUGCCACUGUUUGAGCACGCCGAGCAAGUCAUCGCCACACGAUACCGGUUGGCGACGCAACAGCAGCAGCGUAGCAGCAUGGACGUGGGCACGCAGAUUGCAUCCUACGCGGAUCAAGUCAAGGAGAUGAAAGGGAGGAUCAACUGGCUGCAGGAAAGCUUGCGGCGGUCGUCGGGAGCGGCUGCCCAGGAGCACACGGAGAACUUGGGUAAAUUCUUUGCCGUCCAGUCCGUUAAGGUUGAAGAGCUAGGCCAGCAGAUAGAUGUCUUUUCUGAGGAGUUGCGGCAGUGGGAGGAGGCCGAAAAUCCCACCGAUGACAAUCGCUUGUCCUCGUUGGCUCGCACAGUGAUCCAGGAGGCUACCAGGGACAGGGCUGCCGGCCAAACGGUGAGGAUCCAGCUGUCGGAUCUAGUCCAGCAGCGGGAGCAGCGACGAGAUCAGAGCCCGUGCCUGAGCAUUAGCAGGAAUGACUUGGAGAUGAAGCGCAAGGCAAUGGGGGCGAGGGUGGCCAGGGCUGCCAAGCACGAGGCCAAGCGCAGGAAGGUGCAAGAGGUGAAGUUCCCUUUCAAGGUUGGUAUUCCUGCCGCCACGAGGCCUCAGGGUGGCGUUCGCACGGGUCAGCUGAGGAGGAGCAACAAGAGCAUCCUGAAUGGCACGGCGGCUGGCGUGCAGGGCUGCAUCAACAGCCUGCAAAGGGAGGUUCUGCGGCUCAAGGAGAUUGUCGAGGACAGGGACCAGCAACUGUGUGCGGAGCAGCGCCAGAGAUAUGACUUGGAGAAGAGGCAUGCUGUCGAGGUAAGGGCGUUUCUCAUGGAGGCCGAGGAUAGGACACGGCAGUUCAAGUUUGAGCAGGCCCUUGCGGAAAACAAAAUCUCCAACCUGUUAGCUGAGCUAGAGCGGCCAAGGGUGGUGGAGGUGGAACAUGCACAAGAGCAGCACAAAGCCGCUCUUGACGCUGAUAACAACAUUGAGGUUGUGGUGGAACAGCCCGAUGAUGCCAAGGGCGCUGACGAUCCUGAUGCAGUGGUGGAGGCUGUCCAGAAGCGGAGGCAGCAGCAGCAGCAAGAGGAUGACGAGGUCCCCGUUGCUAGUACGCAAGACCAGAUGGAUACGGAUAAUGUCAACCGCCAGGUCCCGGUAACUAGCGGGCCUGUCGCGUGUAGCAGCCGAUUCUACGGAAGGGAGAUCGCCAUCAACGGCACCCAGCUCAGGCAAGCACUCAAGCUCAAGAGCAUUGCCGAGGCCAAGGCUGAGAACCUCAAGAGGCAAGUUAAUGCUCUCAAGAAGCUCGCCGGGGAGUUGCAACACGAACAGCAGCAGCACAGCCGACACAGGAGAGAGAGCGGGAGCAGCGACGUGGAGAGAUUGCAGGCCCAGCUGCUGCAGUUGAAGAAGCAGCUGGCUGACAAGACGAGGGAGCUCGAGGCUGAGCAAAGUAAGCGAAGCGAUGAAGCUAGAGAGAGGGCGGCGGCAGUGGCGAGGCUGGAAAUCGAGGUUGUGUUGCACAAGAACCUGGCCUCCGAGUUGAAGGCUGAAAAAAAGCAGCGGUGCAAAGUUGAGAGCCAGUUAAAGGAUAUCCGGUGUCAUAUGGAAGAUCACGCUAAACAGGAUCAUUGGCGGCAGCAGAGCUACGAUGCCAUCUCGCACAAGCAAAACCGACGGCUUCAGCUCAGCCUCAAGAAGUCAAGGCACAAGUAUGAGCAGCUGCAUGACUUCUGGAGAAAGGAGCAAGGGUGUAGGCUGUCGUCGGACAGUCGGUGCCACAGGCUCCACGUCUUGUGCUCCACUACGGCCGAGAGGCUGGAUGAGCUAAAAGAUCUAUUGGUGGAGCUCGAGGCUCAACAGCGUCCGAGAGAACAAGCCAAGUGGCACGCAUGUAGUCACCAGGACAUGCCGGACUUACGUUUCAGCCGAUUGGACGGCCCAGGUACCAUGGGAGAGGAUUCCAAGCUUGAGACGUCAGAGAAGCUGCUCUUUUUGCUGGACAAGCUUGCAAAAGGACUGGAUGACGAGCAGCAGCAGCAGCAGCAUGGCGGCGGCGAGAGCGCUGGCGAGCGCGAAGCGUUGGUGUCUGGAAUGAGGAAGAAAGUGAGCGACUUGGCGAGGUUGCUGAGGGACGAAUUGCAGGACAGGGAUAGCGGUGACGAAGCGGAGCAGCAGGAGCAGCAGCAAGGCCUGACGGCGGAGCAGCAGCUGGCACAGCUGGGGCGGGUGUGCGAGUUGCAGGGCAAGAAGUUGCGAGCGGCGGAGGGGAGGGUGGCGGUGCUCAAGAAGCACGUGUCACGGCUCAGGCGAGUGGCGGACGAGACUAGCAAAGAGCUGGAGCACGAGAGGUCGUGGAAUCAGCCGCAGCACCAGAGCAGCAGGAACAACAGCAGCAGCAGCCUCGCCCGGAUCAAGCUGCUAGAGAUACAGCUGCUCGAGUACAAGCGGCAGGCAGAGGACAAGGCCAAGGAUCUCAAGCACGAGCGCAGCCUGAGGUUCGACCUCGAGAGCCGCAGCGCCACCCACAUCCAGCACCUCCUGCAACAACUCGACGAGCAUGAUGUCGAGCGCCAGGACGUGUGCGUCCAGGUGCAAGAAGAAGAUCCGGUUGAGGCCAUGCACGUCUUUGUGCUGGAGCUGCUGGUCGGGGAGAAGUCCGAGGCUCUGGCGCACGAGAGGCGGGAGAGAGGCGAGGCCGAGGCCAGGAACAGGGAGCUGGCUACGCUGCUGAGCUACGCGCAGGUGGAGAUUGCAAAUGCCAACCAACGGGACGAUGAGCUGUGUCAGGUGUCGGCCUGCCAGGGGCACAAGGUGGUGGAGCUGACGGCGUUACUGGAGCGCUUUGCCAAGAGGCUGGACGAGUGUGAGGGCGAUAAGGGCGUGUCUUGUGUGCCGAGUGUGAGACAGAGCGACCCGGAUGAUGCCGGUAUGUCAACGUCAACCUGGAAUAGUGGUGCUAGUGAUGAAUGUGUCAAGUUGACGGCAUCCAUGUUGACACUGGAGGAGGACAAGGGGGGGAUGCUGGUAGUGGAACAGGAGCAACACCCACAUGCUGCAGCCACCAAGCUUAGGAGCUGUGAAGAUUUCAUUGCCAAUCUUAAGAAACAAGUCAAAGACCUCGAGCUGUCGGAGGAGGUGCUGCGCUACCGUGAUAAGGUUUGGCGGCGAGGCUUGCUGGCCUUCGAUCAAGUCCUCUUGCUCUGUUUCGGCGCUCUGUUUGCAUUCAACAGGAUCACCAUUUUGUUGAGAGACAAAGUUCCCACAUAG